CGCGCGUGCCGGCUCAGUUCUUUGUUUACCUCGCCGCCUCGCUCACACCUCGGGGCACUCGGCAUUCUUGGCCGAAGGGCGCUCCGUUGUAUUGGUGGGCGAUGUCGCUAGCUUCCUUCAGGUGCGCGAGGCGGGGAGCCGUGUUCUGAUUGGUCGCCGGCUCCCGUCGUGAGGGGUGGGGCAGUUCUCGCGGCCUGACUAUCUUUGCGGGGUUCAGGCGCCCCCUCGAAACGGGGGAAGUUGCGGUUGUGCCUUCUGCCGGCUCCUCGUCGCAUUGUCACUCUUCAGUGUGUAUGACCCUCCUGGCGUCGGCUGUCAAGCAGCCCUUGUUUCUCCGGCAGUGAAAGGCGGGCGAGAGGGAGCAUGGCGGCCUCGGGGUCGGAAAAAAGCAACAAGAAGAAAACGGAGAAGAAACUCGCGGCUCGGGAAGAAGCCAAAUUAUUGGCCAGCUUUAUGGGAGUCAUGAACACUAUGAGGAAGCAAAAAACUCUUUGUGAUGUCAUUCUCAUGGUCCAGGAAAGGAACAUUCCAGCUCAUCGUGUUGUGCUUGCAUCUGCCAGUCACUUCUUUAACUUGAUGUUUACCACAAAUAUGAUUGAAUCCAAAUCAUUUGAAGUGGAAUUAAAAGAUGCGGAGCCAGAUAUCAUCGAGCAGCUUGUGGAAUUUGCAUAUACCGCAAGAAUUUCUGUAAACAGCAACAAUGUCCAGUCAUUGUUAGAUGCGGCAAAUCAGUAUCAGAUUGAACCUGUGAAAAAAAUGUGUGUGGAUUUUUUAAAAGAGCAGGUUGAUGCUUCGAAUUGUCUUGGUAUAAGUGUAUUAGCAGAAUGUCUUGACUGCCCGGAAUUGAAAGCAACUGCAGAUGACUUUAUCCAUCAGCACUUCACUGAAGUUUACAAAACAGAUGAAUUUCUGCAGUUGGAUGUUAAACGUGUGACACAUCUUCUGAACCAAGACACACUGACUGUAAGAGCAGAAGAUCAGGUUUAUGAUGCUGCAGUCAGAUGGCUGAAAUAUGAUGAGCCAAACCGCCAGCCGUAUAUGGUUGACAUUCUUGCUAAAGUCAGAUUUCCUUUAAUUUCAAAGAAUUUCCUCAGUAAAACUGUACAGGCUGAACCACUUAUCCAGGACAAUCCUGAGUGUCUAAAAAUGGUUAUCAGUGGAAUGAGAUACCACCUGCUUUCUCCAGAGGACAGAGAAGAACUAGUGGAUGGCACUCGCCCACGAAGAAAGAAGCACGAUUACCGUAUUGCCUUGUUUGGAGGGUCACAGCCACAGUCUUGUCGAUAUUUUAAUCCCAAGGAUUACAGCUGGACAGACAUCCGAUGUCCUUUUGAGAAGCGAAGGGAUGCAGCUUGUGUCUUUUGGGAUAAUGUAGUUUAUAUUUUGGGUGGUUCCCAGCUGUUUCCUAUAAAGCGAAUGGACUGCUACAACGUUGUGAAAGAUAGCUGGUAUUCCAAACUGGGGCCUCCUACACCUCGUGAUAGCCUUGCAGCAUGUGCAGCGGAGGGUAAAAUUUAUACUUCUGGUGGUUCAGAAGUAGAUACUGCCAAUGAUACAGGGAACAGAAAGCUAGCUGCACGAAAUAACAUGCAAGCUCAGCGGUGCAGUCAUGGGAUGGUAGAGGCCAAUGGUCUGAUUUAUGUUUGUGGAGGAAGUUUGGGAAACAAUGUUUCUGGAAGAGUCUUGAAUUCUUGUGAAGUUUAUGAUCCAGCAACAGAAACGUGGACUGAGCUCUGCCCAAUGCUAGAAGCUCGAAAGAAUCAUGGACUAGUAUUUGUGAAAGACAAAAUAUUUGCUGUGGGGGGACAAAAUGGCUUAGGUGGCCUAGACAAUGUUGAAUAUUACGACAUUAAAAUGAAUGAAUGGAAGAUGGUGUCUCCCAUGCCAUGGAAAGGUGUAACAGUGAAAUGUGCUGCUGUGGGUUCAAUCGUCUAUGUCCUAGCUGGAUUUCAGGGUGUAGGUCGAUUAGGACACAUCCUUGAAUAUAAUACUGAAACGGAUAAGUGGAUAGCUAAUUCUAAAGUCCGUGCUUUCCCAGUAACCAGCUGCUUAAUCUGUGUAGUUGAUACUUGUGGAGCAAAUGAGGAGACACUGGAAACAUAAGGACUCGGUGAAAUCAUAAGGUGCUCUUUGGAUUAGUGAUUCAGCAUCCGUGUUGGUUCUGCAUUUUAAGUUAUGUCUUGUCAGAGUGAAUACUACGGAAGAGCCAAGACGCCAUAUUAUUGCCAUUAUGUAUAUAAUGUGAAGUUACUUGUGCAAGUUUUAUUUUUCCAUUUUCUACAUGAAGAUUGGAUGCAUUUUUGACCUAGAAAAAGACACAUUAAAAACAUAUUUUAAAGAUGUGUUUGUGCAACGUUGCCAAAAAAUCCAGCUCUGCCUAAAAAUAUUGGCAAAUAUUUGAAGAAAGCUCUCUUCUUAUUUGACCUUUGUUCACAGAUAAACUGGUAAGAUUAUUCAUAUAGCAAAGGUGGGUAAAAUAAAAUGUUUAUAGUAUGAGCUUGCCCAAGUUGCUGUUCUUCAGAAAAAUGUGCUAUGCAGCUUCAUUAAAAGAUGAGAGGUAUGUUUCUUAGUAUCCAACUGUUGAACAAAAUAGCUAUUUACAGUGUUUGUGUCUGUACUGAGCUGGCUCAGAAAAUCAAGGGCAAUAUGCCUCUUGAUUUGGUGCUUUAUCAUACUACUGGAAUAAUAGCAAUAGCCAGAUACCGGUAAUUUUCUUCCCAGACAUUCCCAUACUGACACCAGAAAGCUGCACACACAGUAUACUCCAUGCUACCUCUACUAUUUCAUGUCACGUCAAUUAUGUUCGUAAUAGAAGUCUGUUCUUAAAUGCAGGCUGAAGGGGUCAUAGGCUUCCCUGACCUGCCAUGCACCUACCUACCUGUCCCCUACAGAAAGCACAUUGCAUUUCUCUUACAAUUUCCUUGUGAGGUAUUUGCAUUUGGGACACCAAAAGAGAAUGGAGAUGCACUGUAUAGUUGCCAGCUGCUCUCGGUAUGAGUAUAUAGCUGGGGUAAAGCUAAACCUGUUCCUGUCAACCCCAAUUUCUGGGAGGAGGGAUGUUCCAAAAUUAUUAUUAAUUGCCAUCCAUUACUGUUUUAUCAUUCAGAAGGUUAAUGUCGGUCAGGCCUACCUUACCUGCAUAGCCCUGAUCUGGUUUAAUUUCUUGGUUAUAUUAGAGUAUGUUAAAAAUGGAAUCCAAGAAGUUGCUUAUAUCUAAAGAUCGAUUCCUUACAAUUCUUUGUUUGCUUUGGAGUGAAUCAAAAUUAUUUUACAUUCAUUAUAUGCAGUGUUGGGAUUCAGAUAAUUUAACAACCAGUUCCGGUGGUGGGAUUCAAAUAAUUUAACAACUGGUUGUUUACAAGCACUAUUUUAACAAGUGGUUCUGCCGAAGUGGUGUGAACUUGCUGAAUCCCACCACUGAUUAUAUGCCUGUAUCAACUGCAGUUUCAGAAUCCCUGGGCAAUGAUAUGGAUAGCUAAAAGAAUAAGCUUGCGUGGGAGGAGGUAAAUAACUUUUCACAAGUGUAAAACGUGCUUGGCGGCCCUCUAUUCAAUCCACAACUUAUUUUUUUCCAGGUUUCUAAUCUGCUAAGAGUUCGAGACAAACCCCCACACCUUUCUAAAUUAAAACUGCUUAUGAUGUUCAAAAUGUGCUUCUAUAUACUUCUUUCCUGUUCUUUUUAUUGUCUUUUAGAAAUCCUUUAAUUAGUAGUUUGAUAUUAUUAUAUAUCUUAUACCGAAAUUCAAUCUUUUAAAGACUGCUUUUUUGUAGUAUGGGAUUAUUAAACUAAUUCUAAAGCACAUUUUUCUAGUUGAAUAGAUUUAUCAAGACUAGAGUAACUGGAAAAUCAAUGUGAAGAAAUGUAAAGCACACCUUUUUGUAUGCCAGUGCAAAUACUAAAAAAAUUCUAGUCUCAAUCUUCGUUUAAAAAAAAUUAAGCUAGGUUACAGGUGGGAAUGAAUUUUUAGAACAUUUCCAUCUUCAGUUAAUACAACCAUGCACAAUCUUGUAUGAAAGUGGUUUUUCAUUAUUUUCCUGGUUCAAGAUUUUUCCUUGUUACAUAUCCAGCUAAUAUGUAAAAUCACAUUUUUGUGGGUUCUUAGUAUAUGAAAACUACUGUGCAAAAAAGUUUUCUUGGACUGCUUUGCGUGUUGAGAAAUGUAUCUAUCAUUCUUACUGAAUACUUGCAGUAUUUGCCGACUUUUUGGAAGUGAAGCAAAUACCUCAGUGAGGCUUGUGGGCCAGCAAACUUUUAAUUAAAUAUAUCUGUUUUUCUUA